AUGCUCGCGCCUUCUCGCGAGGCCGGCCGGGAGACGGGCUGGGCCCUAACUGCUCUGCGCCCCUUCGCCUCGGGUGCUGACUUCCAGUACCUCAUCACAGCAAAGAAGGGAAAGAAGGGCAGCGUGGGGCUGAUCCAGCUGAACCGCCCCAAAGUGCUCAACGCGCUCUGCAAUGGCCUGAUUGUGGAGCUCAACCAGGCACUUGACGCCUUCGAGGAGGAUCCCGCUGUGGGAGCCAUCGUCCUCACGGGUGGCGAGAAGGCGUUUGCAGCUGGAGCCGAUAUCAAGGAGAUGCAGAACCGAAUGUUCCAGGACUGUUACUCCAGCCAGUUCUUGAGCCACUGGGACCGACUUGCCCGGAUCAGGAAGCCGGUCAUAGCUGCUGUCAAUGGCUACGCUCUUGGUGGCGGCUGCGAACUUGCUAUGAUGUGUGACAUCAUUUAUGCUGGAGAGAAAGCCCAGUUUGCACAGCCGGAAAUCCUGUUAGGGACCAUCCCAGGUGCAGGGGGCACCCAGCGACUGACCCGCGCUGUUGGGAAGUCGCUGGCCAUGGAGAUGGUCCUCACUGGUGACCGGAUCUCUGCCCAGGACGCCAAACAAGCAGGCCUUGUAAGCAAAAUUUUUCCCGUGGAGACACUGGUCGAAGAAGCCAUCCAGUGUGCAGAGAAAAUUGCCAGCAAUUCUAAAAUCAUAACAGCAAUGGCCAAAGAGUCUGUGAAUGCAGCUUUUGAAAUGACGUUAACAGAGGGAAACAAGUUGGAGAAGAAGCUCUUCUAUUCAACGUUCGCUACCGAAGACCGGAAGGAAGGGAUGACCGCGUUUGUGGAAAAGAGAAAGGCCAGUUUCAAAGACCAGUGAGCCCCUGUCUCUGCCUUGAAGCCUCUACUUACAGAGAGCAAAUUCAGUCUGACGGUUUUAGAAGCAAAUGAAUCCUCUCUUGCAAUGGGCGGUGGAGGUGACGCGCAGGUGCUUGCUUGCUGAUGCUCGGGGCUCCUGCUCUCGGUGGGCAGUCUUCCCCCAGGGUCAUGAGAACCAGUAUGUGGAGUGUGUUCACGUCCUGACUAACCGUAUUCUUCUUAAUCAGAUUGUGCUCAGGACGCCUGGGUGGCUGGGUCGGUUGAGCAUCCGACUCUUGAUUUCAGCUCAGGUCAUGAUCUCAUAGUUCGUGA